AUGGCGCUCAAUCUAAAACUCUACCUCGUCGUCCUUUGCGCUGCAUUCUUUCCUCAAGGCAGCGCUCAGAACGCAUCUGCUGGACUGAAGUGUCGAGGACAAGCUCUAGACAAUGGGAAACUUCCUGCCAUGAUCCAGAAGGGCUCAUGGAAGGACAAGUCGACUGAGCUCGCCUGUGCUUCACCUACAGACUUCUGUGUGCAGUAUACAGCAACGAUCGGAGGGAAAUCGUACACCACCGGGGGGUGUCUCCUGGAGCUCAUCGGCGCGGUCAACAUCUCCGUUACAUGUCCGUACGUGGGUGCGCUUUUCAGGAAGAAGAUCCCCUUCAUGGGUCAAGGAGCAGCACGGAGACAGUUGGAUGUUGAGGUUCCCUUUGAGGACCGCAGAGCAGGCACUACCUUUCAGUGUGCGAAGGGUACCACAUUGCAGGAUUGUACAGUCACACCUCUAGCAUGCCUGCAGGUCUUCAACGGAUCAACAGCGACUCCAGCGGGUUGCUACGACGGAACUUUGAACCUGACAUGCAACGGACUAAAGACCCAAGUGACCUCAGGUAAUUACAGCGGCAUGACAGUCUCAUGCUGCAAUACCUCUCUGUGUACCGGGACUGGCACGAGCUCUUCUUCUACAUCGAGCACAAACACGUCUGCAUCCUCAACUACAAGCGUCAAAGACGUGUACAUCUGCAAGAAUCCGGUGAAGACUAUCGCGGUAGGCGGUGCCAUCGACUGGUUUCGUCGUGAGUAG